UGCGCACAUCAACUCAGAAACCUAUCUACCACCCGUGUGCGACGUCAUCGACCUCUAGAGAUUUUGCUAAUGGUUACGUGACACUCUAACACGUCACGAUUAUCCGGGCGUUUAAGGCGUGUCAGCGCGCGUUACAGCGGAUGUCUGCAGUCGAAAUAGCGACAAUGUCACUGUUUGUAGCUGCAAUAUUUCUUGCCGUUACAGUCUCUUGUUCUUCCUCCUCUCUUUCAGACGAGCUGACGUCGGAAACGUUUCCACAACUCACUAUCAAGUCACCUCACUUCGUCAAGUUUUAUGCUCCAUGGUGUGGCCACUGCCAAAAUUUAAGUCCAGUCUGGGACUCUCUUGCUGAACGGUACAACAAAGAGGAGGCUAAUAUUCGAAUUGCUAAGAUUGACUGUACACAACAUACAUCUGUCUGCUCUGAGCAAGGUGUUUCGAGUUAUCCAACAUUGAAGUUUGUGCAUGGAAGUGCAGAGAAGCAUUAUCAAGGCAAUAGAGAUUUGGAGUCGCUCGCUGCGUUUGUUGAAGAAAUGCUGGACUAUGGAAGUAAACAAGAGGAGAGGACUUUGCAGCCUGAAGUCAUUGAUGGACUUGCAAAGCUAACGGCUGAAACAUUCAAAGCAAGUGUUUCUCGCAGAUAUUAUUUUAUUAAGUUUUACGCUCCUUGGUGUGGCCACUGUCAACGAUUGGCUCCAACAUGGAAUAAGUUGGCCGCCCAUUUCCAGGACGAUGGAGUUGUCAACAUCGGCAAGGUCGACUGCACUAUCGAUAAAGAUCUUUGUGCCGAGAACAACGUGGGCGGUUACCCCACACUCUUCCUAUACCAAGACGGCAAAGUCAUCCAACGAUACACAGGCGGUAGGUCACUGGAGGAGUUGAUUACAUUUGUGAAUGAUAAUCGGCCAGCAGACGAAGAACCAGAAACAGAUAGUACGGAUGAAGAACCACCAUCUCCACUGCCUCCUGUUGUAGACUUGACAUCCGAGACAUUUACUACCACAAUGCAAGACGGUCUUACCUUUGUGAAAUUCUUUGCUCCUUGGUGUGGCCAUUGCAAGCGAUUGGCUCCAGUGUGGGAGCAACUCGGUCAGACAGUGAAGGACAGACAACUUGCCAUUCGCAUCGCCAAGUUGGAUUGCACAGCUCACUCCACGAUUUGUGAAGAGCAUCACGUCCACGGUUAUCCCACGUUGGUUCUCUUUAGUAAUGGUGUCAAAGUGAAGGAGUAUAAAAGCAGUCGUGUCCUGGAAGAUCUCGUCCAGUUUGUAACGGAUAAUAUUGAAUGACGACUGAUUCGAUUGUUAGAUAUCAAUUAUUGUAUACUCUAUGUGUAGUAAGUUGUGGCGUACACGAGAAAUAUAGUGAUGUGUUAGAUACUAGUUGAAAUCAACAUGAUUUAUAAAUCAGUAAAUUGCGUUUUACUAUAUAUUAUUAAGUAGAGAUGUGUAACUGUCUGUAAUAUAACAUACUAUAUAUAAACAAAACAA